GUUAACUUUUUGUUUCGUUUGUUAGGGCUGACAGGUUUUGGUUAAAUGAAAAGUUGCAGAAGGAGGUAACAUUUUGAGGAUAUCAUGAUAGCUUAAGAUAAAGUAGGCUUCCCGCUUGAAAUCAAUUAGAAAAGAAUUCACAGUAUAUCUUGUGCUUCUUGAAUGUAAGGUAAAAGUUGUAAAACUAGUAAAUGCACAGCAGGAACAUUGUGUAUUUUAUUGUGAGUCACCCAAUUUGACCUUUAAUUCACACCCAAGAUAAUUUCCACAAAGUUGUAAACAGAACAGUAGCAGGAAAGGAAAUCAUUCUGUAUGAAUGAGUGGUUAAGGAUUUUUUCAUAACCUCAAAGGAACAACAUAGUUCCACGUCAAGCACGCUCUUGAAUAAAUAUUUAAUAUAAGAGAUACAUUUUGGGCGUUUAAAGGGUAUGUAACUUGUUCAGAUCCACUGUUGCAGUGGAGAAUUGUCCACAUGACAGUAGUUUUUUUCGCAUGUAAUGCUUGAUCGGAGGAGGGAUCUCGCAAGAGCUAUCCCGCUCAGAAGGGGAGAGGAGGGCUGUAGGACAGCACGGGGUAGACCUACCGGAAGCGACCGAACGCCUUUAAGACUUUCUGGACCGUUAUGUCGAUUAGCUUAACCUGUCAGCUGCAGGGUGUUUUAAUGUGGAAGGGCGCAUUUGCUAGCCCACUAUAGGAAAGUAUUCCUACGAGAAUCCGCGGGUUUGGAACUUAUGCAGGUUAAAGAAACUUUCUGAAGAAUGAUCAGCGGAGGAGAAUCAUUUGAUGCAAUUCAACGGUCAGUUCUGUAACUUGACAAGAACAUAAUUUCAUUGUCAUAACCACAUGGACAUCAGUCUGAGUAGAAUGUCCGAAAGACAUCAGUGUACGAAUUUGUGGACGUUUGCAGGACAAUUGAAGGAUUCGUAGAUUAUCACAAAUAAGUUUUACUUUCUCUCCGUUGGUGCGGAUUUUCCGCUUAGGCUACGAUACCUGGAAAAGACCUGUUUUUGUAAAGGAGGGCGUCUUCCAUUUCUUGUUUCCCAUCAAAUGCAAAUGAGGACUUGCACCUUUCCACCGCUUAAAGUUCCAGGGUAGCCUAGUUUGACUACUUCCACUGCACGAGCUGGCGCAGGAUGAGCAUGAAACUCCUUACCUCUCCGCAUCGUUCCCGACUCUCUGCAACAAGACCAAGGGCAUGAAUAUGGGUACUUCAAGUCUAUGUAAACACAAGGUCCUGCGUGCAUGAGGAAUCAGCACAUCUCGUGAAACACCAUGUCAGCAGGAGAGCUGAUUGAGUUGCAGGACCUGAGGGCAGACGACCGCAUUGAGCUGACCCUGCCUUCCACCCCACGCACCGCGCGCCUGGAGCGGGUCAACGCCGUGCGUCUGAGUCCCGGCAGGGUUCCGGAGCUCCUGAGCCGUGUGCGGAUCAUCAGGCUGCUAGGGGGCAUUGCUGCAGACCCCCAGCCAGAGGAGGACACCCAGGUCGAGAUCAGGGUAGCCGAUCCGAAGUUAGUGGAGGAGGUUGGGGAGGGCCAUGACUUCCAGCCAUGCAGCCACACACAGCCCACCUGGUGCGACCUGUGUGGAGACUUCAUCUGGGGCCUGUACAAGCAAAGCCUUCGCUGUGUUAAUUGCAGAUUCACAUGUCACUACCGAUGCCGCGCUCUCAUCAAAUUGGACUGCAGUUUGGAUGAGGGUUCCGUGGCUGACCAAACAAGUGUGACUGAGGAGGACACCAUAGAAUCAGACACGAAUGUGGAUGAGCAGACAGAAGGAUUGGGAAAGCAGGAGUUGUCUCCUGCAGAAAUCCAAAAGAAGGUGAAGGAGUACAAUGCCCAGAUCAACAGCAACCUCUUCAUGACUUGGAACAAAGAUGGCUCCUACACAGGCUUUAUCAAGGUCCAUCUGAAGCUGGUACGCCCAGUGUCUGUGCCCCCUCCCAGGAAGGGCUCGUCUGCUCAGGAUCCCCCUGGCCGCGGUAAGCCGGCCGCUGGGAGUGCCCUGAAGCGCCGCACCUCCUUCUACCUGCCCAAGGACACGGCCAAGCACCUGCACAUCAGCUCGCGCACCAGCUCCCGCGAGGUCAUCCAGGCCCUGCUCAAGAAGUUCACUGUGCUGGACAACCCGGCCAAGUUUGCCCUGUUUGAGCGCAGUGAGCGACAUGACCAAGUGUACCUGCGUAAGCUGUCAGAUGAUGAGUGUCCUCUUCGCCUGCGUUUGUGUGCCGGACCCAACGAAAAGGUGCUGAGCCUGGUGUUGAAGGAGAACGAGACUGGAGAGGUCAAUUGGGAUGCCUUCUCUUCUCCUGAGCUCGCAAACUUCCUCCGUAUUCUGAAGCGCGAGGAAGAGGAGCAUGUAAAGCAGAUUAUACUGCGCUACAACCGAACUCGCCAACGCCUCCAGGAAGCCCUGUCCAGCUCCACGCCAGGUUGAUGGGCCCCCUCCCUGCCCAUCCCAGCUCUGCCUGGGACCACCUGCACUGUUGACCUGCGGCCACUAGGUGGCUCUUGUGUCACCGCUGCAUCCAAAGACCCCGGCGACGACGUGGACAGGCCUUCACUCCCCCCCCACUCUCUGUCAGCAGAGAGGAUUGACAAAAACGAGGGAAUGCAUGUGUGAGUGAACAAGAGAGCGAGAGCAAAAUCAGUUGUGCCUUAGACCUAGUGAGAGUGAGUUGCGCCUGGAGAAGCGUGUGAAUGAACGAGUGACAAAGAACGGAUGGGAGAAGAAAACAGACGUCUCAGAACUGAGCCUGUAUGAACGGAGAGCGUGCAGUGAGCAUGUGAGAAAGCAGCAACGUGAGGGACUGCUGUUGAUCUGGUCUGAUUGGUGAUGGAGUCUAUCCACCCUAUCAGCUUUGCAUAAAUGUGUCAUUUCCUAAUUGAGUUGUGUGCUCAUGAGUGGAUGGCUUGUUUGUCAAUGUAUAUGUUUGUUUGUCUAUUUUACAUGUUAAGUAUGUGUUACUUUCUGAAUGAUUGGGAUUUUGUAUUAAAAAUGUUAAUACAGUUGAGGCAAGUCCUUCUGUUAAGAUUUUCCUCAGUACACAGAUUACAUGGCAGCCUUUUACACAAUUAAAAACAGACACACUCAUUGGAAUAAGUGAACGCAUUAAAAUACAUUCCACAGAUUCUUAUUUUUGUUGACAUAGGUAAAAUUGAGGAGUUGCUAAGAAAUACAUUAAACUGUUCAAUAAAAAAUACUUGUCAUAGAAUGUCUUU